AUGGCUACCACAGCCAAAUUUCCAAAGAUCAUAUGUAGAGUCAAGGCAUUGUACGCUUUUUCAUCCACAGAAAAGUCAUCGUUAUCUUUUGAAAAAGGUGAAUACAUUGAAGUGCUUUCACAGCUGGAUUCUGGCUGGUGGGAUGGUUGGUGCAGAGGUAACCGAGGUUGGUUUCCCAGCAACUAUGUCCAAGUAGUGCAGGUGAACCCCAAUCUGGUGCAAGACAUGCACCACGAUCAGCGCAAAGUCAGUAAAUCAUAUUCAAAUCGACAUGCUGAUGUCAGUGAUGUGGAUACCGAUGUCUAUGCUGAUAAUGAAGACGAAGAUGACAGCGAGGAUGACAGCGAGGAAGAAGCACGGACAAUCAACCUCAUUCGAAAUAUCAAUAUGGGUCAACAUCCAACCAGCAAUCUGCCUACUACCCCACAUUCAUCAUCCCGUUCAUCUCCACAACCACAGCAGCGUAAAAAGGACUCUUACAUACUACACAACACUAACAACACAUCCCAAGCACCCUACUUACACAAGAUGAUCCAACAACAGCAGCAGCAGCAGCAGCAAGAGGAAGAGCAAGAGUCAAAUUUACCCGAGGGAUGGACUCUUCAAAUAGCCGAUGAUGGCUUCACCAAAUUUUAUUUCAAUCAACAUACAGGUGGUUUACGAUGGAAUCAUCCCAGUAUUUUGGAUUCCGAUGACGAGAAUAGCAGUAAUGAUGAAUACUCUUCUUCCUCGUUUCCUCCUCCACCUCCUUCUUCUUCUUCUUCUUCGUUUGCUCAUCACAAUACCAAUCGAUAUUCCACAGAGAAUUCAGCUACUCAAUUAGAAAAUUUCGACGAUUACAGUGAUUUUGGAAAGCAAAGGACGAAAAGGAUCAUCCCAGCAAGUCAUCUACCUGAAUCACCCAUCUCUUCUGCAGAGCAGCAGCAGCAUGUCAAUUUGAUGCAAUUUUGGACAAAGCGCACUACUCCUCAAGGAAAGGUGUAUUACGGCAACUCCAUCACACAUGAAACCACUUGGGAUUUCGAUGAUAUCAAUCCAGCAACGGGUCGACUGAAGCGCAGCAGUUCAGAUCAGAGCAGCACUGAAAAGCAGGAGGAGAGCAUAGGUGAAAACAAGGCGCCAAAAGAGAACUCGGUCCUCGUGAACAACAGCGAGGACGAUACGCCAAUGACAUGGAAGAGCAUUGCUAUUGAAAUCGCUCAAUCAGUGCAAGACCUCAACAAUUCAGUAGUGCAAGGUCAAGAUUCCAGCAUUUUCAGACAAAAGAUUGUGGUUGUGGUAGACGCAGUGCGGCUCAUGCUGUAUUCAUCUCGCUCCAUGGACAAGGAGGCUGCUCAUUUGCAAGACAUGGAAGUAAAAGAGCCCCUGCGUAUCGUGCUGUCGUCAUUAGCCAAACUGAUCUUAUCUGCCAAAGUGGUCAACGACUCAAAUGUAGACAUCAACAGCAAGGUACAACGCGAUGCAGCUGAUGUGCUCAAUGCAGUGCGUCGAUUUGUGCUCGUGUGCCAGAACAAGAGCAUUCAACUCGAACCCAUCAACCCCAAAUUUGUAGUGCUGGACAGUCCCUCAGGUACCGAUGACGAAGGCAACACGGUAGCAAGCAGAAGAAAGAGCAGCACCACAAGUACCAAUGGGCCGCAACAAUCCAAAGCCAAAUAUCCCCUGAAUCAAGAUUUGAUUGUCAGUCUCCAGACACAUGCCAAGCAGAUCGUUGGUUCCACUGAUGCACUGUGCAAGGCAUCUGCGUAUAUACACACGUUAGAACAGCAGCAAGGAAACACAGCUGAAAAGGACGAUUUACCAACAAACGAAGAACAAUACUAUAUCCUGGACCAAAGAGCACGAUCCAAUGUCAUUCUCCUGUUCCAAAACCUAUCGUCACAGAUUGGAAAUUACCUUGCCAUCUUGAACGACAUUGAUAUCAGCCAAGUAGAGGCUGCACAAAUUCAAUCUCUGCCUGAGUUCCGCAGCAACAAGCAAAAGUUAUACAACUCUGUAGGUUUGCUGUUUAGUGCAGUGCAGACCUUGACAGACACACACAACGAUCUGGCAGCGUCUAUUGCAGCGAUAGAGGAUAGUGUAGCUGCAGUGGAAGACGCUAUUGAAGGCAUCUUUUCAAACAUUGUGCAGAUGGUGGGCGAAAGAAAGAUUUGGCUGAUGAGAAACGGGGAUGUGAGCAACAACACCAGCGACCAACAAGGACCGCGAUCACCCGUGCAUUCCUACUUUGAGAGUGAGAACAAAAAGAACAACAGCCUACAACAUCGCGGAAGUAUCACCAACAAUGAAACCACAUCUGCUGACAGCAACACUGCAGUCGAUGCUUCAAGCACACCGCUCCUAUCUCGCAUGUAUAACAGACAGAACAGUCAAUCAGGCACGCAACCCUUGGAUCUUCAACAGCAGCCACCACAAACACCACAACUACAAGCAGCAUCAGCGUUGCAUCGACCUCCCAUCAGCACAUCCAAUGUACCCGCAUCCACAUUAACGCGGCCCACAGACAACAAGGCCCUGAAGCGGCAAUUCAGUUUUGGUCAUGGCACCAACUCGCAAGAGGAUAAAUCGCAAUUUUGGUACCUGGGCUAUGAUUACGCUGAAGGUGACAUUGAAUUUACACAGGAUAAAAGUGUCAAGGGUGGUACACUGCGAGCAUUGGUUGAGCGUUUGACAUUGCAUGACUUUAUCGACAUGAGUUUUAUUGCCAACUUCCUGCUGACUUACCGAUCUUUCUGCACAACCGAGGAGUUUGUUGAAUUGUUGCAAGAACGUUACAAUUUAGCGCCACCAGAGGAAUUGACGCCUGAUGAACUGGAGAUUUGGACAGACAAAAAGCAAAAGCUCGUUCGUCUUCGCGUCUUCAAUGUCAUGAAAAACUGGCUGGAAAACUAUUACAACGAUGAAGACGAGUUUAUCUUGAACAAGCUGCAGUUCUUUGCAAACACUGUUAUUUGCGAUUCCUCGUCCUUCUCGGCUGAACAAUUGAACCGACUCAUCAGAAAGAGACGAGAGCUAGAUGCAAAUGGCGGUGGUCUAAAGAAGUUGAUUCCCAAUGCCAUGUAUGGGCCUAUGCCUAUUGUGCCAAAGAACAUGCAACACAUUCGCUUGCUCGACACGGACCCACUGGAGUUGGCUCGGCAAUUGACCAUCAUGGAUUUCAAAUUGUAUAGCAGCAUUCGACCUAUUGAAUGUCUGGGCAAGGCGUGGUCAAGAGAUGGCGCUGAUAAUGCUGUAAAUGUGAAACAAUCCAUUGACUACUGUAACCGUCUUACAUCCUGGGUCACUGGCAGCAUAUUGAACAACAAAGAAGCCAAGAAGCGAGUUGUCGUAAUCAAGCAUUGGUCACAAGUUGCUAAUCGAUGCUUGGAAAUGAAUAACUAUAAUACCUGUAUGGCAAUUCUUUCUGCUUUCGACAACAGUGCUAUCGGUAGACUGAAAAAGACAUGGGAACUUGUCAGUAGUCGCACAAGUCAAUCAUUGGCUCAUAUUCGGAAACUGAUGGGGUCCAACCGCAACUUUACAGAAUAUCGUGAAAUGAUCCACUCGGUCAAUCCUCCCUGUAUCCCGUUUUUGGGCAUCUAUCUACAAGAUCUCACUUUUAUUGAAGAUGGCAAUCCUGAUUUGCUAAAGAAAUCAAGCAACCUCAUCAAUUUUGCAAAGCAACAGAAAGCUGCAGAGGUCAUUCGCGAGAUCAAGCAAUUUCAGUCACCGCCUUACAUAUUCCAGAUCGUACCUGAAAUCCAAGAUUACAUCAACUUCCAGCUAGAAACAAGUAGAGAUGUUGAUUUCCUGUAUGAAAGAAGUCUAGAGCUCGAGCCAAGAGUGAUGAAUACGGACAGCACUGUAUAA